AUGGUUCAGGAGUGUCUGAGGACCGUUCUUCUGAAGCCCGCCCGCCCCGCUCAGGUUCUGGCUGCAGGCCCGCCGACUCCACACGUGUCUCCAGGAAUCGGAUCGGAAAGAAACACCAACAAUCAGGCCUGCAAUGACCUCAUCAUCCAGAACCACCUGAGACCGGGCAGGCGGCUGGAAGGUCACAGCGCUGAGGACAGCCAGAGACAAACCACACGCCUCAGAGACUCGCUGCUGGAUCGCCGCUUGUUUGUCGUCUCCGGCAUCGCGUGGUCUUCUGUGGCGUUGGCGAGGCUCUGUAUGUCGUUCAGGGAAACUGAUGAGUUCAGCAGUGAUUGUCUGACUUCGUUGACUCUGACUUCCUCCUUCAGGUUCUACACCAUCCGAUACAGAGAGAGGAACAGGAAGUGGAUCUACCAGACUUGCCCGACCAGCGACACGGUCAUUGACAACUUGAAACCCAACACGCCGUACGAGUUUGGCGUCCGGUCCAACAAGGACGACCGCAGCGGCAUGUGGAGCAAACCGGUCAUCCACAACACCAACAUGGGCAAUAAAAACACACAGAAGCCGUACAAGCUGCGAAAUCCUCUGGCAAAGCCGCUGAAACCUCUCGGUCCUCACGCUCUCUUCCCCCCUCGUCCAGCUCUCCACAACAGGACUCGACUCCCUCCUCUGCUCAAAAACCCGACUUUCCACGGAGCUCCUCGCACUUUUGCGCCACCUGAGAGCCAACAGGAAACGUUACCUCUGCCCGGCUCCGCGGAGCCUAAAUGGCCUCAUGUGUCACUCGACAAAGGAAACACUGUUAGAAACGACACCAAUCGACCAUCGGACCAUCUUCCCGCCCUCCCCCAACUCCUGCCUACCAAAGCCCCUUCCACCAACACCACAGCCUCCCCCCUCCUUAAAUUACCCUCCGGUGGUGACUCACAUCAGGGGCUGUCCACUAAAGCGCCCCCUAAGGUGUCCACUAAGACGUCCACUAAGGCCCCCACUAAGGCGUCCACUAAGGCCCCCACUAAGGCGUCCACUAAGGCAUCCACUAAGGCGCCCACUAAAGCACCCGAGAUGCCUCAUAACCCUGCUGCUUUCGGGAAAUCACAGGACGGAUCAUCACUGCUGAGAUCAGCUCUGGCCAAUGAGAGAGCCAAAACUAACAACUGGGGUCAAGGCAGCAAGAGAAAUCUCUCUCCACCGCUGCCUCUGCAGCCUUACAACCCAGAAGUGACCACGGUUGUCAGAUCCAUGAGGCCACAAUCAAGAAACCCUCUCUUUCCCUUCACUAACGGCCUCAGCCAUCCCCACUCUUCCUCUAGACCCAGUAACUCAUCCCCAACCUCGGGGAUACUCAGGGUAAACGGACAGCCUCAUCGGGGCAUUUCCCUUCCUAAACCUGCCAUAUGGCCCAGAACUCAGCUGGUCAACAACUCACUGCUGGAGGACAAGAAGUCUGAAUUCCCUGACGUGUUCGGCCGUUCGAGUCCCACCGUUGAGGAGCGGUUAUAUGGAUCUCCAGCUCGCCCGUCCAUUGUCAUCAAUAAGAAACCAAACUUGGUGGGGAAACCCGGAGAAACCGACAAAGUGAACAACUUUAAGCAGACGGACAAGUUGCCAAUCCUGAAACCCAAAGUCCCUCCAGCAACCGCCAAACCAACCAAACAGGAGCGGAAACAGACCACAACCACAACCACAACCACAACCACAACCGCCGCUGUGCCGACAACUGCUGCCAGUCGACAGGAAAGCUGGGAGGACUCGGACCUGUUUAAAGCGCAGCCGUCCUCUGACCUCGACGCCUUGGGCAAGAAGCGUUAUGUGGCACCUCACGUCAUCUACCAAACGGGCAAGAAGCCGGACGAGCCUUGCUCCAUCACCUCCUCCCUCAACUACUUCCCUGAAAACGAACCCGGCGAGGCGAAUGUGACGGCUCCGCCAAAGACUCCGCCCUCCAACCUCACCGUGGUGACGGUGGAGGGAUGCCCAUCGUUCAUCAUCCUGGACUGGGAGAAAACCGACAAUGACACCACCGAGUACGAAGUCAUCUCCACGGCUAAAGGACCUGAUGGGGAGCAGGUGUCCAUCCUGACCACCAACCAGACUCAUACCGCUGUGGAGAAUCUCAAACCUGAGAGCAGUUACGAGUUCAAGGUCAAGCCAAAGAACGAGCUGGGUGUCGGUCCUCCGAGUGAGCCGGUGUCCUUCAACACAGAGUCCGCCGACCCGCGAGUGAGCGAGAACGUUUCAGGAAAAGAUGCCAUCUGGACUCAGUUCCCCUUCAAGACGGACUCGUACUCCGACUGCCACGGCAAACAGUACGUGAAGAGGACCUGGUACCGCAAGUUUGUCGGUGUCCAGCUGUGCAACUCGCUCAGGUACAAGAUCUACCUGAGCGACACGCUCAACGGUAAAUUUUACAACAUUGGGGAUCAGACUGGCUUCGGUGAGGAUCACUGUCAGUUUGUCGAUUCGUUUCUUGAUGGAAGAACCGGCAGGCAGCUGAGAGCCGACCAGCUACCGUUCAGGCCCGGUUUCUACAGGGCCAUGCGUCAGGAGCCCGUCCACUUUGGCCAGAUCGGAGGACACUCCCACGUCAACUACGUGUCAUGGUACGAGUGUGGAACGCCCAUCCCCGGCAAAUGGUGAACAGACCGGAGUCGUUCUCGGAGAAGCCCGGAAGAGGAACCGUCAGCCAGGCUGGGAUGGCGACAAACAAGCAGCAGUCCUUACAAACCUCUGAAGCGCCUCACCUUACCCAGUGCUGUAAAAACAUGUACAGGACAUACUCGUCAGGGAAUUAGUAACGAGAGAGCAUUUUUAAAAAGUAUGUAAUAGCAAACAUGCCUCAUCUUUACUAUUUAUCAAGCAACAAGGUAGAAGAACAGGAAGAUGCGUGGAGGUUUGGUCGCCCUCUGCAGUGUGGGGGGGCGGCAGACUCACGCUAGAUAUAUUUUAUUUUGUGUUGAAAUAAUGGGAAGCUGGCUCCCUGGAUACUAUUUUCAUAACUUGUGAGAUGUUAUUUAUCAAAAAGGUUACAUUUCUUCACGACAGGCGAGGAGGAGUCGCGGGAGUUAUUGGGAUGUUCCUCCAGCGUUUUGUUUAUUUGCGGCUCUUUCCCGUUGAUUUGCGUUCACGGUCGGUCACCGCCAAGCAGACACCUCCACGUCACAACCAGCAGCUGACGGGCGCAGAUCCGCGUCCAAAGAGCUGC